AUGACUUCAGUUAUUGAGCUAUGCCAAGUUGCGCCACCUUCAUGCGCCGCAGAUAAGCUGACACUUCCUCUCACAUGCUUUGAUACUUUGUGGAUAUUACAUAACCAUCGUGUACCAAGGAUUCUAUUCUAUGAGCUCCCCAUUGACAAAAAUAGUUUCAUCCAAAACAUUAUUCCUACUCUCAAACAUUCACUAUCCCUCACUCUCAAACAUUAUCUACCUCUAGCUGGUAACUUUGUUUGUGCAUGGAAUUCGAGUGAUUAUCCUGAACUGCGUUAUGAAAAGGGAGAUUCUGUAUCUGUUAUUUUUUCUGAAAGUGAUAUGGAUUUUGAUUAUCUUGUUGGUAAUGAUCAUCCUCGUAAUGCUAAGGAUUUUCAUCCCCUUGUUCCUGAAUUGGCGGAACCUAAGGAUGUAUCGGGGGUACAAUUUGCACCGGUUUUAGCUAUUCAAGUGACACUUUUUCGGAAUCAUGGCAUAUCUAUUUGUUUCAUUACCCAUCAUGUCAUUGGUGACGGAUCUACCAUAGUAGCGUUCAUAAAGUCAUGGGCUUUGUUCAACAAAUAUGUAGGAAAUGAGGAGCAAUUCUUAGCAGAUCAUGAUGAGUUCAUUCCGUUUUAUGAUCGGUCUAUUGUACAAGACCCUUAUGGACAAAGGUAUUUUCUAUGGGAUGAAAUGAAGAAAUUUAAGAAGAAGAUGAGUGACGUGAUUGUUACUCCGACUCCUGAUCCUGAUCCUGAUAACAUAGUUCGAUGUACUUUUAUAAUAAGACGAGAUGACAUCAAGAAGCUCAAGAAUUUAAUAUUGUCAAGACGACCGAGUUUGACUCAUGUAACAUCAUACACUGUAACAUCUAGUUACAUAUGGACUUGUUUCAUAAAAUCAGAGGACAUGAUUGUGGGUACUGAAAUAAUAGACGAGAAUGUAAUGGAAUACUUUGGAUGUGCGGUAAAUUACAGAGAACGAUUUGAUCCUCCACUUCCUUCAUCUUAUUUCGGGAAUUGUGUCAUUUGGUACAUUGCAAGAACAAAGCAUGUUGAUUUAGUUGGAAAUGAUGGCUUUACAAUCGCGGCAGAAUCAAUUGGAGAAAUUAUUCAUAAAAGAAAUAAGGAUAAGGAAUACGUGUUGACUGGUGAGUGGAUGAAAGAAGUUGGGGCGGCAAGUAAGGAGGGUCGAUAUCUUGCGAUUGCUGGAUCGCCAAAGUAUGACUUAUAUGAGGCUGAUUUUGGGUGGGGAAGGCCAGAAAAAUGGGAUUUCUUGUCUCUUGGCACUGGUUUAUUGAUGUCCCUUAUUAAGUCAAAGGACGACAAUGGAGAUUUGGAAAUUGGUUUGUAUUUGCCCAAAAAUCGAAUGAAUGCUUUUGCUACUAUAUUCACCCACGGGCUCAGCUUCCUGUAGCCCGUUUUCAUUUCGAAGAAAUAAUUAAAUCAACAGAAG